GAUGGUGGCGAGAGCAAAACCUUUGGGAUCAUCAUCUCGGAGAGACGCAGGGAGAGAGCAGAGCAGCUACAGGAGAACCCGUCAGCCUCAGACACAGGACGAAGCAUUGAGAGAGCAGCACUGGAGUGAGGCAGCAGCUGACUCUGCCAUAAAUUGACCGACUCUCGCAGCUCAGACAGGAGAGAAACAUGGAACCGAGAAACAGGAAAAAAAUCAAUUUCUCAGUGCCCGUGACAGCCAAUCACCUGGAUGCCAGAGCAGUGGAGAAGAUUCGAAGACGGAGACCGACUCCGGCAACACUGUUCAGGGUCUCCGAUCAUUCAUCUCCAGAAGAGGAACCAAUUCUUCAUCAGAGAUUGCCCUCAGCUGAAAGCGGGACUCUGAAACCCAAGCGAGCUGUCCCAUCCUGUUCUUACACACCUCCCUCGCUAAAAGCUGUUCAGCGCAUUGUGCAAUCCCACCUUGAAGCUGAGUCCACACAUUUACUGUUGGAUGAAACUCCCUCAGGGGUGGCAGAAUGUGGCAGCUUUCUGUCUGAUUCCUCGGACACAGACACCCUCUGUAUUGGAAAAGAGCAAUUGACAGACCGGAAAUCUCGGCCAAAACACAGCCAUGGCAUGCCGGCAGUGAGUGGUGCCACAUCAGCGAUUGAGGAAGAGGGAUUCCAGUCUGAGUGCAGAGGGAAGCCACUCACUGAUGAGCAGGACUGCGAGGUGCCCUGACUCAGCCAGCUGCUUUGUAUCCUGCUCUCCUUCGGCUCAAGUGCUUUGUUCUGCUUAGUUUGAGUGGCUUUGCUGACAAUCGUCCUGUGUCAGAUUAGGUUUUGCAUCAGAUUGAAAUCACACAUUUAGAGUUUUACAUCGUUUUUGAAUUCUCCAGUGGCCUCAAGAUGUUCCCUGAGGAGGUCAUGGGUUCAAGUCCCACCCAGGGACUUCAGCCCAUAUUCUAGGUCAGCAUUCCCAG